AUGCUGACGGCCUCGCCGUCGUCUCAGGUGAAGCCGCAACAAUGGGCUACGUGCCGGAUCAGCGUGGCAUCGUCCGCGGCGCUUCUUCCGCCGUCACCGGCCGCCGGACGGCUUGUCGCCGUCGAGUCCAGGAUGAGGACGACGACGGUUGCCUCCGCCGCGCUUGGCCCUGUGGACACCGAGCCCGCGGAAAGGUCUCCCGUGCCACAGCCUCCGCCACUGUUCAGCGACGAGGAGGAGGCGAUGCUCCGCAACUACGUCCCGGUCUACGUCAUGCUCCCAUUGGAAGUGGUGACCACGGAGAACGAGCUGGAGGACGCGGGGAAGCUGCGGGCGCAGCUGCGGCGGCUGCGGGAGGCCGGCGUGGACGGCGUGAUGGUGGACGUGUGGUGGGGCAUCGUGGAGGGCGCCGGCCCGGCGCUGUACGAGUGGCGCGCGUACCGGGAGCUGUUCCGGAUCGUGCAGGCGCAGGGGCUCAAGCUGCAGGCCAUCAUGUCGUUCCACGCGUGCGGCGGCAACGUCGGCGACGCCGUCAACAUCCCGAUCCCCCGCUGGGUAAGGGAGGUCGGCGAGGGCGACCCCGACGUGUUUUACACGAGCUCCACAGGGGCACGGAACCAGGAGUACCUCACCAUUGGCGUCGAUGACGAGCCGCUGUUCUAUGGCAGGACGGCCAUCCAGUUGUACGCCGAUUUCAUGAAGAGCUUCAGGGAGAACAUGGCGGAUUUCCUGGACUCUGGCCUGAUCGUGGACAUCGAGGUCGGGCUUGGCCCUGCAGGGGAGCUGAGGUACCCGUCUUACCCGGAGACGCAGGGCUGGGUGUUCCCGGGCAUCGGACAGUUCCAGUGCUACGACAAGUACCUGGAGGCGGAUUUCAAGGCGGCGGCGACGGCGGCCGGGCACCCAGACUGGGAGCUACCCGACGACGCUGGGGAGAUCAACGACACGCCGGACGACACGGGGUUCUUCGCGGCGGAGCGAGGGACCUACCUCACCGAGCAGGGGAGGUUCUUCCUGACUUGGUACUCCAGCAAGCUGAUCCAGCACGGCGACAGGGUCUUGGAUGAGGCCAACAAGGCCUUCCUGGGGUGCAAGGUCAAGCUCGCCGCAAAAGUGUCCGGGAUACACUGGUGGUACAGGCACCCGAGCCACGCCGCGGAGCUGACCGCCGGGUACUACAACCUCGGCGGCCGGGACGGGUACGCGCCGAUCGCGCGCAUGCUGGCGCGGCACGGCGGCGCCAUCCUCAACUUCACCUGCGCGGAGAUGCGGAACUCGGAACAGGUCGAGGAGGCCCUGAGCGCCCCGGAGCAGCUCGUCCAGCAGGUGCUCAGCACCGGGUGGCGGGAGGGGAUCGAGGUGGCGUGCGAGAACGCGCUGAGCCGGUACGACCGCCGGGGAUACAACCAGAUGCUGCUCAACGCGCGGCCCAACGGCAUCGGUCUCUCCGGCACCGACGCCGGCGCGGCGCCGCGCAGGGUCGCGGCGGUGACGUACCUCCGGCUCUCGGACGAGCUCCUGGCCAGCAACAACUUCCGGGUCUUCCAGACCUUCGUCCGGAAACUGCACGCCGACCUGGAUUACUGCCCUGAUCCGGAGCGGUACGGUCGGCCCAUCAAGCCCCUGGAGCGGUCCGCGCCGGAGACGCCCACAGAGCGGCUGCUGGAAGCCACCGCGCCGCCGCCGGCGUUCCCGUUCGAUCCGGAGACGGACAUGAGCGUCGGCGGCUGGCUCGCGGAGGCCGUUGACUGGGUGCUCGACAAGAUCGAGUGGGUAUUUGGAUAA